UUUCUUACUUGUUAUAUCUUGAGGAUUUUGCCUUCUCAAUAGUAGCCAAGUAUUCUGGUAUUUCUGUGGACUGAGAUGAGAUGAGGUCCUGGCAUGGCAAACUGUUCUUCUUCGCGGGUUUUGUAUGUGUGUUGAUGUUAACCUCAUGGCACACAUCAAAGUCAGAUAACUUGCCAUCGCAGCUGCAUUUGGUCUAUGAGAGGUUACUGCGGGCAGAACAACGAGGGGAGGUCUUAUCACAAGAGCUGCUUAAAGUGCUUGGUCAACUUCAAAACCGCAGCAUUGCUCCAUCGAAUCUCACAAUCAGUAACUCCUCAGCUUUAUUAGAAGAGAGGGUCCUUCGGCGCUUGUUGCCUUCGCAGCCUAAUGCACACAUCUACUUGCCUCACCUGAAGGAGCAUGAGGGCAGUCUGAAACCCAUCGUUCAUCUGGGGCAGCGACGCACUGGAGUGUCUCUGGUGUUAGGAGUACCAACCGUGCACAGGCAGAAACAGAGUUAUCUAGUGAACACACUCCAGUCACUCCUAUAUGACCUUUCAACUGCCGAGAGGAAAGAUAUUGUCAUUGUAGUCUUUGUUGCCGAGACAAAUGCAACAUUUGUGAAUGCUGUUGUCCAGACUGUACAGACCAAUCUCCCAGAUGCUGUCAGAUCCGGAGUGAUAGAGGUGAUCUCUCCAUCUCCUCACUAUUACCCAGACUUUAGUAUCCUGAAGGAAACGUUUGGAGACCCCAAGGAGCGAGUCAGAUGGAGGACCAAGCAGAACCUUGACUACAGUUUCCUCAUGCUGUAUGCGCAGUCUAAGGGCACAUACUACGUCCAGCUUGAGGAUGAUAUUGUAGCAAAGCAAGGAUUCUUUCAGUCCAUGAAAAAAUAUAUAGAGCAGGUGCUUUCCGAGGAGUGGCUUUUCCUGGAGUUUUCCCAGCUGGGAUUCAUUGGCAAGCUUUUCCGCACAUCAGAUCUGCCAAUGAUUGUGGAGUUCUUCCUGAUGUUUCACAAAGACAAGCCAAUCGAUUGGCUGCUCGAUCACAUCCUGUGGGUUAAAGUGUGUAACCCAGAGAAAGAUUUAAAACACUGCAAUAAUGAGAAGGCCCGACUGAAGAGAGCUUACAAACCCUCCCUGUUUCAGCAUGUCGGUUUGCAUUCCUCACUGCCCGGUAAAAUUCAAAACCUAAAGGAUAAAGACUUUGGAAAUCAAGUGCUGUUCAAAGGCCACUAUAACCCGCCAGCAGAACUCAGCAGCAGUAUAGAGAAAUAUCUGUCUCACACUCUGGAGAGAGCUUACAACGGAGACGACUUCUUCUGGGGCCUCACACCUAAAAGAAGAGAUUACAUUCUCAUUACUUUUACCACACCUCAAGCUGUCAAAGGGUACUUUUUUCGAUCUGGCAAUAUUGAGACAAAUGGUGACAGGUUUUACAACACAACAGUGGAGGUGCUCCCUAAUAAUAACUCUGUGAAAGAGAAGGUCACUAGAGGAGAAUUAGCCUGCUGUAAAACCUCAUCCGAUGGCUUUGUUCAGAUAGGGUCUUUCAAGAAUGGAAUGGCUGAGGGAGAAGUGGAUGGAGCAUUAGGAGAAAUAGUGGCCAUGCGACUCCUUGUUCACUCUGAUUCUGAUGUCUGGGUCCUUCUCAGUGAGAUCUUUAUUAAAGUUUGAUGAGCUGAGGAGAGAGGAGAAAUUUGAUCCACAUGGUAACAUGUAAUACCUCCUGCUGUGGACAACAGCGCAUGCUGCUGGUCUGAAAAGGAACGUCCCUAUGCUUGAAGGACUGUCAUUGCUGUGUGCCAUCUUGAGGUGCAACCUAAUACUGAAUUACAGGAUGUUUCCUCAUCAAUGUGAGAGCGGAAAAAGUUUUUACACUGUUGUUUAUUGUGGCCCAUGAAUGUUUUGAUUUAUUCAUUUUUUCUAAAUUAUUUUAUUUAUUUUAUUUUUUGUGUUGCAAAAAAGGACCACACAUAUGGGAUUUGACAAUGUUUCAUAUUAUACUGAAUUACUGAAAAUAUUUGACUUUGUCAGUAAAUCAAUAAAUGGCAGUAAUACCAACAUACAACUUGUCAUGGCAUCAUUAUUCUGAUCUUUUCUGCUCAUAUCAUAUUCUAUUUUUAUUUCUUCAUCCCUAGCAUCAUCAAGUGGAAUUGCAAAAUUAAUUUUAAUAAAUAAAAAAAGAACUCUUCUCAUCUUUCAUUGGUCAGACAAACAGAUAAUCCUGCCCAGUGCUACUGUAUAAGACUUGAUUACACUAAUGUUCACACUUACUAAAAACAUCAACCUGCCAAUUAAUCAAGCCAGAAUAGGAAAUGUUUAACAAAAAAGUAGGCCUACACAUUUCAGCUUUAAUUCUGGGUUCGCUUACUCGUACUGCAUGUUUAAACACUAGUUGAUUUGUCCUUCCGAACACCUUUGGUAACCCUGUGAAAGAGACAGACACACAUUCAGAUUCACAAUUUAAAGCAAGAGUGGAGGAGAAAAAGACAAUGCUACUCUACUCAGUUCCUCACUCCUCUGACGAGAGCAGGUGGAGCAAUCCUCCAAACUCAGGUGGAAUAUGUGUAGACUUGAAUCCCAGAUGAAGUGAGGUGACUGAACGAGAAGCAAACCACCACAGGGGCCUAAAGACUGACUCGCAGCACAGCAAAUUAUAUUUAUUUUAAUUAAAACUGGCAUUUGUAAUACCACACAAUGGUAAGAUUCUACACAUUCAAACACAACUAAUACGCUGAGAUAUUCAGAGGCACAGAUGUGACGCAUGCCAGAGAACUCCCUUCUGUUGAUAGCACCAAGGAAAGGGUCUAAAUUUCACUCCCUGAUCAGAAUGGCCUGAAAUGUUUUCUCUCAACAUGAGUAUAAUCAGUGCUGAUACA